GUGGCUGAGAGAGUAUAAUUUGCCUAGGGUCACCCAGUGGGUUUCCAUGGCUGAGAAGGGAUUUGGAGCCUGCUCUCCAGAAUAAUAAUCCAACCACUAGACCACACUGGCUCUCAUAAGGCUGCUAGUAGCUGAUAAUCAGUGUCUGUGUUUCCCGUCCACCACUGGAGGUCAAUGGGAGACAGAGGGUAUCAUUGCAUUUGUGUCCUGCUUAUUAUGGGUGCAGGGUAGCCACAUUUGGGAGAAGAAGACUGGGAUAGAGAGGUCUAUGCUGGUCAGAUCCAGCUUCUUUGGGGCUCUUUUGAUGUUUUUCAGAAAUGAAUCGCACAUUUCAAAGAGAUAGCCCUUUUGGCCACACUGUGAAUUUCUCUGAAGCUUGAAUGAAGAGCUUUAGUUCUUCAAAAGUGCCUGGCUUUUAAAGGGCCUGUUUUUAGAUAUCAGCAAGGACUCGGUGUCCCUUUCUGAGACUUCCUGCUUCUUUGCAACAUGGCUGGACAGCCAAUCUGACUUUGGGGGCAUUGCAGUGGUCGUGCUCCAUAGCCCUUGAGAAGCAGUCAGGAAUUUGGCCAAAAUAGCAGCGAGUCAGGUGGAUGGCAGUUAAAACUCGUAUGCUCCUGUGAGUGCCAGCCAGCUGGAAUGGUGGCAGAGACACUGGCCUUGAGGGUUAGGAAAGCAAGCACCCCCUUCCUGCACUCCAUUCCUGCCUGACAUAACCCUGCUCCCUCCCUUUUGCUACCGGGCACUGAAGGGCUCUUCUUCUCCUUUGCUCCCAGUCCCUCGCAGAGCAAAAAGGAGUGUCGGAUUCAGGCGAGGACCCCCAGGGAGAAGCAGCAUCUCCUCACCAGGCUAUGGUGGGUCACCCCAAAUCACCAGGGAAGUGCAACUUUGAGGGCCCUGUCCUCCCUGCUUCCCGUAUUGCUCCGGUGCAACCAGAACUAGCUGGGCGGUUGGCAGAUGGGUCAAGUCCAGAAGAUGGGGAAGAGUCUGACCGAGAAGACGGGGGUUAUUGCCCUCCAGUAAAGCGUGAGAGGACUUCCUCACUCACCCAGUUCCCUCCUUCACAGCCAGUGACAAAAAACAAUGUCUUCAUGCCAUCAAGUUUCUGUGAACCUUCUGCAGGAAACUCAGACUCAGAACCAGGUGAGCUGCUUGGCCAGUUGCCACAAUGAACUUUGUGGAGAGUGUCAUGCUGGGGUGGACAACUGCAGUGAGGGACGUAGAGGCUAGGUUUUAUCCCAGGUACCCAUGCCAGUCCCAGUGCCCCAUGUCCCACUGGAUAUCAGAACCAGGCAUCACUUUGGAGCUUCAGGGCAUUUUGGAAGGGGUGGGAGGCAUCUGCUUUUGGCAAGUCCAGCACUGUUGGAGGUUCCUCAUGCUAUCAGUUAUCUUUUGAAGGUAGGGGGCUUAUCCCCAAAAGGUGACAGUUUUAAAAUGAACACAAACCAAAAAACAGCAAGCUUACACUGUAAUAGUCCAAAAAAAUAAGGGGAACACUAGUAAUUGAUGUGGAUGAUUAAAUAAUUAUAACAGAGACGUGUCUCAUUUACUAAAACAUAUACAAUUGUAUUGAUAAUAAUGUCACUUCAUAACACACAUAAGAACAACCAUAUAUGCAUAUGUGACACUGUACUGUAACUUUGUAAUUGUCUCUAAUAAUCCAAGUCCAUAUAAUGAAGCUGCAGCAACCCAGUCCCAUCAAUCAACAGAAAAAAUCAUCAUUGGUGCUUGCAGCCAAGAGGCAUGAAAAUGUGGCACGUGGUCUUCACAGGUAGCAGAGUCCUUCCUUGAUUCUACCUUUUAAUGGUGAAAAUUGUUUUUAUCAGGACGGCUACCACCGGAGUGCUUUGAGGCCGUUUCGACCUUUAGUUGGUCUUCAUCAGCAAACUUGAAUCAUUCUAAGCCGGACUAACAUUGUCAGUUAUAUCAUGUUUCUAGACAUACAAAGUUAACAGAAAUUAGUACAGCAAUUAACAGAGACAAUCAGAUAGAUAAUAGUAUACAAUAUUAAGAUAACAGUAUUUUAGCUUACCCACGUCUCCAAACAAUUUGGCUUGACUGAUAAGAAGAUUGCUCAGUAAGAAUUUACAGAGAGUGUAUGUAGUAAUAUACUCUGCCUCUACAAUAGGCUACAGGUGAUUAUUUAGAGCAUAAAUUCUCUUAAAGGUAUAUCCAUUAAGUUAUGUAGUCCUACAAGUCCCACAAAGUAAGCCUGAAAACUUGGCUGAAUGUACUAUGUCACAAUACUAUUCAUAUACAUCCAAUGGCAUUUGUAAUAAAUAUCAACCUAUUAAGACAUACUGUCCUUACAUUUCCAGCAAAAAUUAACAAUAACAUCAAUUCACCUUAAGUUAUCAUCCUGUCCUCCAAACCCAUAUUAAUCAACUAACAUUGAUUAAUCACAUCUUUACCCUUAUGUGUAAUGUAGUAUAAUGAUUACAUUUCA